GGGAAAGGCGCUCUGGCCCGCGCCGCCUCUGUAGCCCAGCGCGCUGCCGGCCUAGGCCGCCGAAGGCUGACGUUGGACAACAAAGAUGGCGGCGGCGGGGGGCAGCAGCAACUACUGGGAGGAUCUGAGGAAGCAAGCCCGGCAGCUGGAGAAUGAGCUGGACCUCAAGCUGGUCUCCUUCAGCAAGCUCUGCACCAGCUACAGCCACAGCAGCUCCCGAGAGGGAAGGCGCGACAGGUAUAGCUCGGACACAACCCCUCUUCUGAAUGGAUCAAGCCAAGACCGAAUGUUCGAAACAAUGGCUGUGGAAAUAGAGCAGCUCUUGGGGAAGCUCACGGGGAUAAAUGACAAAAUGGCCGAGUACACCAACAGCGCCGGAGUCCCAUCCCUCAACGCGGCUCUGAUGCACACUUUGCAGCGGCACAGAGACAUCUUGCAGGACUACACACACGAAUUCCACAAAACCAAAACCAACUUCUUGGCAGUGCGGGAAAGAGAGAAUCUCAUGGGUUCGGUGCGGAAGGAUAUCGAGUCCUACAAAAGCGGGUGUGGCGUCAACAACAGAAGGACAGAGCUUUUCUUAAAGGAACACGAGCACCUUCGGAACUCUGACCGGCUGGUAGAAGAAACUAUAAGCAUUGCCAUGGCAACGAAAGAAAACAUGACCUCUCAACGAGGGAUGAUGAAGUCCAUACAGAGCAAGAUGAACACUUUGGCCAACCGGUUUCCAGCUGUCAACAGCCUGAUCCAGCGGAUCAACUUCCGCAAGCGGCGGGACUCCCUCAUCCUGGGCGGCGUCAUCGGGGUCUGCACCAUCCUCUUGUUACUCUACGCUUUCCAUUGACGGGACGCUUUGCACAGAGACUUCUGAGCUUUUUGGGAGGGGGGCGUCCAUUGCCUAGUCUGGGAGGGACAGGCAGGCAAAGACUGUUGGAGUGCCCCCCUUUGGUGAAAUCGAAGCCGAGAGUCACGCAGAGAGGAGGGCAGCACUGGGGGGGGGGGGCGCGGGGGUCACUCUCCCUCUCUCUGAGGUCGGCCACAACCCCCAGAGGUGUCUCCCCUUCCUCUCCUUUCAGUUACGGUUGUCCUCAAAACAUGUGCAUUAACACCCCCCCCCUUUUGAAAACACACACAUAUGCAUAGGCUCAAGGUGAGUCAACCUGCGUGACAACGCUGCCACCUUUAGUGUCACCUAGGGCCAUUUUUUGGUGGGCUUGGGACCCGAAAAAGAUCAUCACCAAUUUUUUCAAACCGGCCUCCCCAUGAAAUGCCAAGUCAAGCCUUUCUCAAAUGUUUUGAGAUCUUGAGGUGUGCUGGUUUUAUUAUGAAUACAGCUUGAAGACAUUUGGUUUCUUUAAAAAAUAAGAAUUCUAGCCGGGUCCAACCCUUCGAUUGUUCCUGCGUUUUUUUGAGCCACCGCCUGCCUCUUGGAAAUCCCUGCGAGAGAAUCCAGUUGCUUGGCUCCCUUUGCACAGCAUUGUGCAUGUGGGGGGGGGGGACAUAUUCAGGAGCGUUUCUUGGUGGAUUUAAGGAGGAGGGGAGAUCCUCUGGGGGUGGGGCGUGGUAUAUAAAAUCCCCGUUUUGGAGAAAGGGACUUUUGAGAGUGACCAAAGCCUAUCAUAUUGACUCAUAUCUCUGGCCAGGACUUCACAUAGGACCCGUUUUUUAAAAAUAAUAAUAAUAAUCUAUUUUAAUUUAGACGGAAAGCUAUUCUAAACAUUGUUUUCUACUGUAAUGUAUGUGGCGUUUUGGUGAGGGGGGGGGAGAGAAGGCGCAGUCAGAGCAUGAGGGGAACACAUAAAGGCCAUCAUGUUUGACGUGAAGAAGGGCUUGUGUGUUGUUGGAAUCUCUCUUCGUGAAACUGUUGAGAUAUAGAUGGCCAUGCUCAUAUUUAAGAGACUUCGAGAGAGAGAGAGAGAGAGAGAGAGAGAGAGAGAGAGAGAGAGAGAGAGAGACGUCAUUUCAGAUCUUGCAACGUCGUGGGGAGGGGGGGGGGUUGGCUGCAGAUGAAUUUAUUUUUAUGUCUUUUCUGUCCUCACUGGCAUGAAUCAGUCUUCUCUACAGAUGUCACCUUCGUACACCAGAAAAGAAAUCCAAUUGUGAGCCCUCUCCUCCCCGGCUUCCUACCCUGUUCUAAAGCAGCCUGCUCCUGUUCUAACAGACACUGGAUUUCCAGGGGUUUGGGUUUUGUUUGUUU